UGUGAGGGGAUGGCAGUGGAGCUCAGGGCUUGGGAGGAACACAAACUUCGAGAAGGAUGAAGUGACUGAUGCCAGGGGUGAUGGUGAAGCUGCUGAGGGCAGGGAAAAGGCGAGGCCUCAGCCCUGAGGGACAGCCCGCCAUGGUGUUUGGCGUCUCCAUGGUAACCGCCGCACCGGAGCCGCCAUCUUGUUUACCGUCACCACAGCAACGCCCGCCAUCUUGUUCGGCGUCCCCACAGCAGCGCUCCGGGCCGGGCCGGGGCCAUGGCGGGCGCGGGGCCGCUGCACGACCUGGAGCUGAGCGCCGAGGAGGCGGAGCGGCUCCGCAGCGCCUUCCGCGACGAGCGCUUCCGCGAGCUCUUCGCAGAGUUCGCGGCCGAGCUCACCGACCCCGAGCAGCGCCGGCUGUACGAGGAGGAGGUGGCGGCGCUGGAGCGGGAGCGCGGCGUGGAGGUGCGCUUCGUGCACCCGACACCGGGCUUCGUGCUGCGGACCAGCCAGGAGGGCUCCCGCCGCUGCUACAUCAAUGUCUGCAGCAACGCGCUGAUGGGGGAGCCGCGGGCCCGCGCCGAGCGCGGCGGGCAGCGCUGGGAGCUGCCCUACAGCCUGGCCCCGGGCCGCGAGGAGCUGCGCCCCGCCGGCCGCCGCCGCCUCCUGUACGACGUGGUGUUCCACCCCGCCGCGCUGCGCCUGGCCGCCCGCAGCGCCCGCUUCCGCCGCCUGCUCUGCGACACGGCGCUGGAGGCCGUGGAGAACAACUGCGGGGUGCGGCUGGACCGCGGCAACGCCACGGUCCUGCGAGGAGUCUCCUACAAGGGCGUCCCGCAGGCGCCCGUCAUCCGCUCCCCGCUGCCCGGCGGCGCCCCAAAGCCGCCCGACGACGGCGAGUCCCCGCUGCCGCCCUUCCCCUUCCCGCCCGCCGCUCCCCCGAAGCCGCCCGCCGCCGCAGCCUCCCCGCCCGCCGCGGCCCCGCCGCCCGCCGGCCCCACCACGCCGCGCUGGAGCAUCCGCCACCGCUCCUACGUGGACCUGCAGGACUACCGGCACAGCCGCGACUCGGCGCCCAGCCCGGUGCCGCGGGAGCUGGUGGUGACGGUGGAGCUGCCGCUGCUGCGCUCUGCCGAGCAGGCGGAGCUGGAGAUCCGCGGGCGGGAGCUGCGGCUGGACUCGCAGCGUCCCGCCUACCGCCUGCGGCUCCGCCUUCCCUACGACGUGGACGAGAGCGGCGGGCGGGCGGCCUUCAACCGGGCCCAGCGGCAGCUGCAGGUCACGCUGCCCGUGGUGCUGCCGCGGGAACCGGCGGCCCCGGGCGGGGAGCGGCUGGAGGGGGCCGAGCCCGCUGCCGAGGGGCCGGCGGAGGCAGGGCCGGCACAGGCGGGGCCGGCACAGGCGGGCGGCGGAGCGGCUCCUCCCCCGGAACUCGGCCCUGGCGGCGCGGCCCGGAGCACGUGUGAGCCGCCGGCCGAACCCCUCGGUGACCCACGGUGUGAUCCUCCCGCUGGUCCAUCUCCCGAGCCCCUCGCUGAUCCGCCCGCUGAACUGCCCGUAGAACCACUCUGUGAUCCACCCGCUGAUCCCCUCACUGCACCCUCGGGUGAAGCCCCCGUUGAUCCAACCUCUGAACCCUUUGCUGACUCCCCCGCUGAAGCUGCCACUGAUCCAACCAGUGACCCCCUCUCCGAACCCUUCACCGAACCCGCUCAUCCACCCGCAGAACCACCAACCGAGCCCCCGGACCCGCCUUCGCCCUGCUCCGCUGCCGCUUCCCCCAUCGCCAUCCCCGAGCCAGCCAUGCCCACCGGGGACACCGAGGGCCACCCCAGCCCGGUGGCCACGUGCCCUCCCUUCCGUGCCCGGCAGGACGAGGCGUCCCUCACGCUGCUGCUGCUGGUGCCCGGCAUCCAGCCGGAGAGCCUCCGUGGGGACGUGGGCAGCCAGCACUACAGCCUGCGCUUCUGCACCGCCACCGCCGCCUUCGCGCUGUUCCUGCGCGUCCCUGCCCCGGCAUCGCUGCUGUCCCCCGAGAGCAGCGUCAGCGUCUCUGCCCACAACGCCGUGGUGCGGCUCGCCAAGGGCCCCGGCAGCACCGGCCUCUGGGACAGCUUCAGCUUCGGCCUGGAGCCCUCUGCCCUGCAGGAAAGAUUGUUUGUCAGUGAGGAGAACGUUGAUGGAUUUCUAGGCACUGCUUUCUGCCCUUCCCCUUGCUCCCAAUCAGCACUGGAAAACCAGCCAUUAAUUGAAGUGCUGGAUGUUACUGAGGACAGAAUUCAAAUCAGGGUGGAGCCAGCGGAACGUGAUGGAGAAGGAACACGUGGCAGCUCAGGGGGAGCCCUGGCUGGAAAGACCGACAGCACCUACCCCGAAACAAAGGCAGAAACAGUGUGUCCUGCAGCUGAGGGACGUGCUGAGGGAUCCAGCCCAGCUCCCGGAACAAUAGGAACAGCAGCCUGUGCUUCACACCAUUGUUUGCAGCAUGAACCUCCUGCCACCAGUUCAGCGGUUCCCGGCGGAUCCCGGAGAAAGGAGCCCGAUUUAGAAAGUGCUGCUGCAGCCGGAGACACAGCCCCGGCGCCGGGCUCCGGGGAACACCCACUGCCGGGGGGCGAGGAUGAGGGCGAGGAUGAGGGUGAGGGUGAGGGUGAGGGUGAGGGUGAGGGUGAGGGUGAGGAUGAGGAGGAGGAUGAGGGUGAGGAGGAGGAUGAGGGUGAGGAUGAGGGUGAGGAUGAGGGCGAGGAUGAGGAUGAGGAUGAGGAUGAGGAUGAGGAUGAGGAUGAGGAGGUAGCCCCGGGCUCGGGCAGCAGGGCAGUGUCCCCAGUGCUGCGGGAGGUGAACCCCGAGGACGGCAGCGAGCGGAUCCUGCGCGACCACCGAACGCGCUGCCCCGUCCUGUUCCACAACUCCCUGCUCUACGAGCUGGAUUAGCUGCAUUGUUUGAGCAUUUCCUUCUGUUGUUUGAUGCUUGCUCUGAUUUCCAUGUGCUGGGUUCCCCCUGGAACUGGUGCAACACCAAAACUUUCCGUUGUUAGCAGUUUAACAAUUCCCUAAUCGCAUCUAUGGCAAUCAUUUUACUUACAGGGAAAGUUGCAGUUGGAGGUGACUCUGAGAUCCUGGAAAAAAAAAAUGUAUCUUUAUUGUUUACAUAAAUUUUUUAUUCUCUUCCCACGUUUCAGGGAUUAUUUGUAUAUAUCCUCAGUCUAAUGGCUCCCUUGGGAAUUGAGCAGUAGUCAUCGUUUUCCAAACCUUUCAUUUUGUGAUAACUGCAGGAUUAGACUCGCAGUGAUUCUUAGCAAUCAAAUGAAAUUUCUAAUUACCCAGAGAAGUUCUAAUUAGUCUCCUAGAAAUAAUCAACAUUUGUACCCUGUACUCCAUCCUAGUGCUGUGCUUCAGAUCUGCAGCACCCAGAUAUCCUCAGCUGAACAAACUCCAUUGCACAAGAACAUCCUCUGGGUGCAUGUCUGCUCUGAAGUAUUUACAGCUGGUGAAAUGGAUUCUCUUUAUCCAGAUUAGAUUUAUUUUUUUCAGUUUCCCUCGAGUUUCAGCAUUUCUCACCUCCCUAAACCACGAUAACCAAGAGAACACAUCUAAUAAUAAACUUCCUGUUCCCCUUUC